AUGCAGCUAUUCUUUCUCUUGUUGGCACUAUUCUUCUCACCUUUUGUCAGAGCAGCUUCUCAAUCAUUUGCUCUUGAGCUUGAUACCAAUGAAGAUGCUUUAAAAGCUUAUAACAUCUACACUGUAGAUAAUAACAUCUUCAUUGGUCAAUCAGUGUACAUCCUCAAUGGUACUAUUCAAGACAAUGGUGCCCUUAAGAUGGAAAAUGGUUCAUUUGUGGGAAUAUCAAAGAACUAUCUCACCUUGACAAACGAUACUACUGAAUAUGCCCAACCUUUCAGCAUCGAUGGUGAUGGGUAUCUCAACUUGUAUGGCUCCAAGGACUUCAGGGCAAUUCCAUCAGGCUCUGAGAACAACCAGUAUAUUGUUGGGUCGAGUCAGGCCUCAACCACUGUUUCUGGAUCAUAUACUGUCCAGAUCAAAGCUGUCGGGUCUGAUGGUAAGAAGGCCUCUAAGUUUUCAGUUUCCGGCACUUCAGGUGCUUCCAAAUACCAGUUGACAUGGACACUGGCCUUUGCAUCAUUAUUGACAUUGUUCUAA